CCGUCUAGAUAAGAUACAUAUUCGAUAUAAAAGUUAAUUUUCGAUUGGAAUAAAAAUAUUUUAACAUUUCAAGUUGAUAUACUUUUUUCUCGUUGCAAAAUGAAAUGUGUAUAUCUUAUUGCUAUUUGCUUGAUUUGCGUAACUUGCAGCGAAGACGUAAUCUUCGUAGAGGAAACUAACGUUAUUGAUCCACAAUUUGAAGAAGAUGCCAUCGAGUCUUAUAAAGAAGCACACGCAAUGAUCCCCACAGAUAAUGAAUUAUUUUUCCAAACACUAUCUGAGCUGUUCAGUAUCAAACAAAACUCAACUAAUGGUUGGAAAAUUUCUGAGAAUUGCGGUGGUUUUUAUAAUCCAAACGCAACCGAUUCAUAUAUUAUUUUACACGUAUUAGAUGAUGCUGGCGACAGAAGAAUCAGAAUCUUUGCUUAACUUGAAAGCUAUCGAUAUAUAAAUGUAAAAUUUUGAAAAUAAAUUUUGAUAUCAGUUGA